UGGAGACCUGGAGGUUCACUUCCGACAAAAGGAGAGCUGGAAGGGAGGAUGAGGUAGCAGAACCACUUGGAGAGAGAGAUUGAAUGUUCCUGAGCGGGAGGAGCAGGGAGGGGAAGGAAUGAAAGACUGAGCUGAGCCAUAGGCUGCUGCGCGUCUUCGCUCACGCGCGGAUUCUGGGCUAGGGAGGUUUUUAAACUGCUGACGUAGAGUGGCAAGCUUGGGAAGGGAAGUGCAACUCCAGCCAGACCCAGGCAGUGUUCGAGAAGAGUUCUUCAAUAUCUUCCAAGGGUAGGCAUGUAGGAGGAUAGGGAGAAAAAGCAUACAUCGAGAUCGAAACAACGUUGGUAGGAGUUUACUCUCAUUUUCCGGGGGAUACUUUCGGGACUGCGGGCGGUUCGAAGCACAGCAGACUGUUUGCAGGCGGGGAGAAGGAACUUUGUUUUUCCGAAGUGGUAAAGGGGAGGGAGCCAGUCCCCUUACUGCUGCUCUACGGAGGAGAAGGAGAAAUACCAAUGCCUGGACUCCCGCAGGGAGAGGUGGAAGAGAACGAAGCGGGAGAGUAGUAGCCGCUGCCAACCCGGAACCGUCUCUCCAGAAACAACAGCCCGUCGCUGGAAGAAUUGGGACCGCCUCCUCCUUCUCCCACUCCAGACUGAGUGGUCUAGGUUAGGAAUAUGAACGGAGAUAGCCUAGCCAUCUCUAGCUCAUUACCCACCAUCCCUUAUCAAAAGCUCGCCGACCUGCGGUUCCUGAGCAGGGGGGCAUCAGGCACCGUAUCCUCAGCACGCCAUUCUGACUGGCGCGUUCAGGUAGCAGUGAAGCACCUGCAUUUCCAGACCCCGCCGCAGGAAAGUGAAAUAAGUGAUAUCUUAAGAGAAGCCAAGAUUUUACACAAAGCAAGAUUUAGUUAUAUCCUUCCAAUUUUGGGAAUUUGCUAUGAGCCUGAGUUCUUGGGAAUAGUCACUGAAUACAUGAACAAUGGAUCACUCAAUGAGCUCCUGCACAGGAAAAAUGACUAUCCUGACAUUGCUUGGGCUUUGAGAUUUCGAAUUCUACAUGAAAUUGCAUUGGGAGUAAAUUAUCUUCACAAUAUGAACCCACCACUGCUGCAUCAUGACUUGAAGACUCAAAACAUCUUAUUGGAUAAUGAAUUUCAUGUUAAGAUUGCAGAUUUUGGUUUAUCAAAAUGGCGGCAGAUGUCUUUAUCUCAAUCAAGGAAUAGUGUAUCUACCCCAGAGGGUGGAACCAUCAUCUACAUGCCACCUGAAAACUAUGACCCCAACCAGAAGUCACGGGCUAGCAUCAAACAUGAUAUAUACAGCUUUGCUAUUAUCAUGUGGGAGGUUUUGUCCAGAAAGCAGCCCUUUGAAGAAGUUAUCAAUCCCUUGCAGAUAAUGUAUAGUGUAUCAAAGGGAAAUCGACCUGAUACUGACACAGAAAGUUUACCACCUGAUAUUCCACAUCGAACUCAGAUGAUUAACCUAAUUGAAGCUGGAUGGGCACAAAAUCCAGAUGAAAGACCAUCUUUUUUAAAAUGUUUGAUAGAACUUGAACCAGUUAUGAGAACCUUUGAAGACAUUAGCAUUCUUGAAGCUGUCCUUCAGCUGAAGAAAACAAAGUUACAGAAUAAUUCGAAUAUCAUUUCUUUAUGUUCCAAGAAGACAAUGGAGUACUCUCUCAACAUACCUAUAGAUCAAAGUCCACAGGAGGAAUCAUGUGGAACUGAGAUGACAAGGAAUGAUCCUGAAAUAGCAGGGUCUCUAUCGACCACUCAAGACAAUGUCUUUUCUUCUGUACAAAAUCAGGAGUUGUCAACACUGACUCAUUCACUAGCAAAUUACAGCGGGCAUGAUAACAUUUCUUCAAGCCAAAGGGCUAAAUUGUAUAACCAGCAGACAACUUAUUCUUCAGCAGUAAUACAGCCACUCAGAGCUGAAGGAAAUUCAGAUCUCCUAUCAGAGAGUCAGGGAAAUGAUAUUGCCCAGCAGUGGAUCCAAAGCAAAAGGGAAGACAUUGUGAACCAGAUGACUGAAGCUUGCCUCAACCAGUGCCUGGAUGCCCUUCUGUCAAAGGAUUUGCUUAUGAAGGAAGACUAUGAACUUAUUUACACUAAACCUACAAGGACAUCAAAAGUGAGACAAAUGUUAGAUACCUCCGACAUCCAAGGAGAAGAGUUUGCCAAAAUUAUAAUACAGAAAUUGAAAGAUAACAGACAAUUGGGUCUUCAGCCAUACCCAGAAAUAUCUGUGGUUUCUAGGGGAACAUCUUUAAAUUUAUACCAGAAUAAAAGCUUUUAAGUGUUUACUUACCAGGAGGGAAAGUCAUUUUAUGAAAAGACAUUUUUUCUCUCUCAUGGUUCAGCUACAACAAUAUUUUGAAAAUUAUAUUAUAACAAUUAUAAACUAUAUUUUGAAAAUUAAGUGUAUCACUGAGAUCUCUUUUAAAGAUAUUGUAAUUAUUUCUGGACUCAACCCCAUAGAACAUCAAAGUAUUUUUUUAUGAAUACAAAGUGGAAAAUUUUCACUGUAGGAGGUACCUUACUAUGUUGUUGUAUUUUGUAAAUUUAUGUUGUUUUAAGGAUAAAGUAAUUGUAUUUGUUCAUAAAAAGUGUUAUAUGAUAUAUUUUUCUGAUGUAAGCCAUUUCUACAAUUGCUAGCUUUGUGAAGGAUUUAUUACUUGACUAAAAUACACUAAGGUUUCAGUACUGUAUUUUUCUGAUGUAAGCCAUUUCUAUAAUUGCUAGCUUUGUGAAGUAUUUAUUAUUUGCCUAAAAUACAUUAAGGUUUCAAAAAGCAUUUCUUUGUUUAUCAAGUAAGAAGAGUACUAGUAGUUGACAUCUAUGUAGUACUUACUAUAUACCAAGUAUUGGGGAGGGGGGGAAUCCUGGGAGGUAUGUGUUGUUUUUAUCCCAUUUUAAAGAUGAGAAAACAGAGGCAAACAGAGAAUAAAUGUCAUGCUUAUGGCUGCACAGCUUAUAAGUGUCUAAGGCCAGAUUUGAAUUCAAGUUUUCCAGACCCCACAUCAAAUAAUAGCACAAAAGUAUUUUAGUAUUUCAGGGAUCUGUCUUGGAAAUGUGACCAUUCUCAUCAUUAAUACAAGAUGGAAAUUACCUUUUAAUUUAGGGGGCUUGGACGUUUUGUUUUGUUUUUUUGUUUUUUAAAAUCAGAUCUGUGAUUAAUUUCUUAGGUUUUUAAAACUCCUAGAUAAGGAAACUCCCUAUACAAAUGCAAUAGUUCAUUUCUUCUGUAAUAGUUGGAAGGUAUUCCUCGAAGCACUGAGAGUUAAGUGAUUUGUUCAGAGUCACAAUAUAAUUAUAUAUCAGAAUUGAGAUUUGAAUCAGGCCUUCCUUACAUGGAAACAAUUUAUUUAGAAUACAUCAAGAUGGCAAAAUGGAAAGAAUAUAGGUUUUAGGGUCAGAAAGACUUGAAUUGGAAUUCCAACUUGAACACUUCUGUGCUGUGUGAUCCUGGGGGUGAGACACUUCUCUUUGUGUUUCAGUUUACAUUUGUGUCAAAUAGCAUCUUCUUCAAAGAAUUGUCAAAACAUGAUUAAAAACUCCUUAAAGUGCUAUAUAUA